CAAAAUUACAACUGUUACAUAAAAUUUCAGCCGGACUUAAUUUAGUACACCAAAAUAAAAUUAUUCACCGUGAUCUUCAUAGUGGCAAUAUUCUUAUUGGCAGUAAUAGAUAUUCUUCUGAUAAAAUACCAACAAUUGCAGAUUUAGGAAUAAGCAAACCAAUAAAUGAAUUGUCAGAUAAUAAUGCAAUCUAUGGUGUUAUUCUGUAUGUUGCACCAGAGGUGUUCAAAGGAGGAAAGUUUACACAAGCUUCAGAUAUUUAUAGUUUUGGUAUAAUUAUUUGGGAGGUAAUAAGUGGCUGCAGGCCAUUUUCUGACCGUAAACAUGAUGAAUAUCUUAUUCUGGAUAUUCUUAAUGGUCUUUGCUCAAAAAUUCCAUCUAACAUUCCUCAAGAUUUAAUUGAAUUAAUGGAAACAUGUUGGCAUCAGGAUCCUGAAAAAAGAAAAUUUGCAAACCAAUUUGCAAACCCAGAAAAAGGAAAAUAUACUGGUCGAAUAAAAAGACUCAUUGGCUUACAAAAUGAUGGUCCAGCAAAUGUAUUGGAUCAACUUUAUGAAAAAGCACGUAAAGGCGAAAUAAAAUUUUCAGAAAAUAUAGAUACAAGUAGUUUGCCAACUAAAAUAAAUGAUCAAGCAAUUUAUUCUAGUCGACUAUUAACUCAAUUUAUUAGUAAAGCAUUGACUUUACAAAGUAUGUGA